AAAAUAGUAGUAAACAAAUGUCAAUUAGACAAACCAAGCAUGAACUCGAUUUAGUUUUCUGUGCUGUUUAAAGAUUAAUAUAAACCGUUGAGACUUUAAUUGAUGUCGAAAGCUAGUUGUUGACUUAGAGAACACAUGGAUUCACAGACCAUGCAUGCGCCCCCAGAUGAGAAGUCUGCAGCUAGAGCGCCCUCUGCCGGCCAAACUGUCGACCUCUCGGAUCCAAGGUGUCGUGAAAGGAAACCCCGAUUUCAAAGCUGGGAUUCCGAUGAUAAUCGGUCUAGCAACAAGAAAAGGAAGGUCCUAAGCAGUGAAGGGGAGAGUGGGGAAAGGCAUGACAGCAGUUCGUUGUCAAGUUUUAUGACCUACAGUAACUUCACCAUGUCCUGCAGUGGUGCGGAGACACAGGAAGAUAACACGCCAUCAACCAGCGGCUGUAGCUCGUUCAUGGCCCACAAGGAUAAAAAGCGUGCGAGCAAGGUGGAGAAGAAGGAGCGUGUGAAGCAGUACCUGAAGGAGCUCAAGUCAAUGGUGCAGCCAGACGGGCGGGGCGGGACUUUGUCAGCCCUACAGCAGGUGCUCACCAACAUGAGGAAGAUGAAGGGUAAUUCUAAAUUAUCAGCUGAUGCGCUCAAACCCAGCCAAACGGCGGAGAAGAAGGCUGAGCAGCCUUCGGACACUGCCAUCAGCUCCCACUACGCUCUCUCGCAAACCGUGUAUGACUCCAUGUCUCAUGAGAGUCUCAUCAGUGAUGCCCUUAAACACAGUGAUGAGAUCUUGAUAUACCUCACAGCCAGAGACAACGUAGUGAGGGCCGUCUCUCAGAAUCUCAAAACUGUGCUCGGCUAUCAAUGGGACCGAUGGGUGGGGAGAUCACUGGAUGACUUUGUACACAAAUAUGACAUUGUAACAUACAAGAGCAUCAUCAAGAGAAGUGACGAGAGUCUUCUUGACUCCUCUGAUGGUGAAUUUGCCAGUGAGAAACAGAAGAUUUUCUACAUUAGAUUAAGGGAGUGCAAGAGUCUCAACACGACGGGCUUUAGUCUCCGUAAACAUGACAAGUACCUGCCCUUCCAGUGCUCGUUCAUCCGCAAGAAGAUGUGCAAGCGAGAGAUGCAGGCUGAGGCCAACCAAUCAGAUGUGAUAUCCAGCUCCGGGUAUUCCGGUUCCCUAAUGCAGUGGGGUGGUUCCUCCCUAGAGAGCGGGUCUAACGAGGCUGACACGUGGUACACGAUUCUCCACUGUACCCCGCUUGUAUCUCCAUACACAGAUCCCAUGAGAUUACCAGAUGUGACCUCAUUUGAAACUCGACAAACCCUUUUCUGCAGCUUCUGUCAUAUCGAGCCAAACACUAUCGCAUUGCUAGGUUACCUACCACAGGAGAUUGUUGGGGUGUCAAUAUUUGAGUUCUAUCACAAUGAUGACCUGCAACGAUUGUUCACAAUCUAUCAGAAAGUGAUAGCUCUGCAAGGUGUUCCAUAUAAGAGUGGCACGAUACGUCUGCUGGCAAAGAAUGGCUGCUGGCUGUCGUGCGUUACAGAGUGGUCAAGCUUUGUCAAUCCAUGGUCAAAGCGACUGGAGUUUGUCAUUGGCAAACAUACUGUUGUCAAGGGCCCAGAGAAUGUGGACAUCUUCUGUGAAAGGUUCACCCGGCCCACCGUGGAGGAGACGCCCCAUGAGGUGCUGCUGGCCAGACAAAAGAUCAAGAACCUUCUGCUGCAGCCUGUGGUGACUAUAUACCUGGGAGAGGAGAACCAGAAAAGUCAGAGGCCCCGGCCCAUUGUCGCCAUCGCUGAAGAUAUCGACUAUGUCUCCACGGCCAUGUCCUCAGAGGCGGCGACAUUUAAGAAGGACACGAUACUGAGCUGUGACCCAGAUAAGCAGGCCUUGCACGGCACAGGAAUACUGUUCAAGGAGAACGCCAUCAGUAGAGCUUACGAGCAGCUCAGCUACACCAGCUGUAUUAAGAAGUUCCUGCUUAGUCAGCCCCAGUGUUUCUCCAGCGACUCUGAGGUCAGGAAGAGUUCAUCUGAAGACGGCUUUGAUGACGACUCACUUGUGGCAAUCAAUCUCUCGGCCGGCAAGCCCAUAGGAAAGUGGAUCAAGGCCAGCAUAGACGACAUGGUGUACAACAAGCGUGUCAAGGUUCCCAGGCUGUCAGAGGAGACCAGAAGCCUUCCAUCUCUCAAUGACGCUUUCUGGAAAAAUGCUACUAUAUUUUCCAGGGAUGAAUUCGAAUUUGACAUAAGUGUUCCAAAACCACCUAGCUUUGGAAGCAGUACCAAGGUACUUGUGUCCGAGCAAGAACACAGAGACCUUGAGAAUCUCCCUGACCCAGUGGUCACAACCCGCGACCAACUGAAGCAACAGCAGCCCCCAACCCCCACCACAGAGACCACCCAGACGGAGGCCGGUCGCUGGCCCGUGAUGCACCUGACGCGAGAGUCCCUCCUCAAUCACACCCUCAUGCAGGAGCAGCUCUACCUGGCCUCGGCCAGUCCCGAGAGGAACGUACUCUUCUUAAACGAGUGUCGAGAUGUUGACAGUCCUGUCAGCCACGGAAGGAGAAACACGCUGAAGCGAAUGCACUCCCCAGAUAUGAAUUUCAAGCAAUGUAAGAGCGGCAGGAAUAACGAAGGUCAGAGGAUUAUUACGCCUACCUCAAUUCUUAAUCCGGUUUUUCCGCUGCACCCAUUUGACAGCAAGGAUAGUUUCCGCUCACUGGUCCGGGUCAAACAGAUGGUGGUGCCGAUGCAGAUGUACCCAAUUGUGUCGCGGUCCGUCACGCAGUUCAGAGAGGGUCAACAGCUUCCACCUGGGAUAACAAGCUCGUCAGGUAUGACAUUCCGGCAAGGGGAGAUGAUGGGAUUCCAGACAACAGACAGCUCUCCAAGGGUGACAAAUGUUGGCCUCCCCAUCCCCGUACACCAACUUAACAGCUACCUCAUGCAGCAGGGCAACAUGCUCAUGCCCAAAAUGUCUACCAGACCUAUGAGGAAACUUCCGGAGAAGAGCAAGCUGCCAGUGUGGACUACUUCGGAUACGUCGUCCACGGAGGAGACCCUCUCAUCCUUCUACAUUCUGGAGUCGUCUGGGCAACCCACUAGACAGUACAAUGAGAUGGUCCUCCAGUCUCUGGCCCGACAGAUGGGUGACCCGCAGCACAAGGGCCUGCACCCCGCACCCUGGCUGCAGCGGGUCAACUUCUCCGACAGCAUGCAGUACCGCUACCAGCUCCAGUGCUCCAAGAAGCAGGUGCUCUCUAAGGUCUUCAUGGAGGAGCUGGCCAAGAUGUCCCAGCCAAUCGGCGUCCUCGAGCAAAUUGACGAGGUCUUGGGCGUCGCUGAUGGGCUGCCUAUCAUCGACCAGGAGCAUGACGACGUGAUCUUCAACUCCGAGCUGCACAACCCAUGCUCGUGCAUCACUGCCACCUGUUGUAACAAAUGGAACACAGAGGACCACGGGAUAUCGGAUAUGUUCAAACACAUGUGCAAGAAGGGCAAAAAGAAGGAGAAACACGUGAAAAUGUCUUCUAAACCAAAAGUGAUGCAUAAAGAUGCUGCAAUGCAGACUGACUUCGGCUUUAAAAUGGAAAUGGACGAAGAAGCUGAGAACGAGACUGAAGCUGAAAUUGGUGCUCGGGAUGGUAUCGUUAUCGACAUUCAGGAUAGCGAAAUGCUCGGAAAGUCGACAAAGUCGGACUCGUGUAGCAACAAGAGUGAGGACAUGUUCAUUCGAUGUGAUAUGAGCACAGAUUCUGGCAAUUCCCUAAAUACUAGUGAUAUCACCCCAAGCGACCAAAGAAGUAACAACGAAAACGGUAGCUCAUUAAAAGAAUCUGACGGUGACGCUAUGUCAAAGAAAUCUGACUCCAGUUCUAGUGAUAAACAAGUGAUAUCUUCGGAAUCAGAAUUGGAUACAAAAACAUCCAUCAUCGAUGAACUCUUUGAGAGUUUGUUUAUCGAUUUAGCCGUGUGUUUUCCUCAGUGUCAUUCCGAUAUGGUGCCGUGGUUAGUUGACGUGGAUUUUGAUGAUAACCUGCAGAUGAAUUACCACAUGGAGUGCAAGGACAGUGAGCUAAUCUUGCAAAGGGACAGAACUAGGAUCGAGGCAAUGGGUGAACCAGAUCUAGUGCGAACUCAGUUGUGUGCCCUUAUGGAAGACAUAAGUUCAAACGCUGACAUUUCCUCGAUGAUGGUCGGCAGCGAGGCUAGUUCUUUUGUGACAGACAAUUUGUCCUAAAUGGAAUUAAUAGACUGCGCUUUUCUACAUAUCUCAUUCUAGGUUUUUAAGAAAUGUUACAUUGGAAUCUUUCAUUUUCUUGAAUGCAUCUCGCUUGUUAUAUUUAAUGUUAAUUCAUUGGUGAGUACACAGAAUUCAAAAUAUUCUGUACUUGUAUAGAGCUGAUUUUUGCUAAUGUUUAGCAUUUCAUUUCCUAAGUUCAUAACAAAUUUAUUUCACAUCACUUAUAAAUACGUUCCUAUUAUUUGAGUUGUUGCACAUUAUUUUGAAGUAUUUGUACAG